GCAGGCCUACGCCCUUUCAACUCCCGUAUCCAGUCUCCCUUGGGAUUGACUCAACUAACCCCCCAGUCUCAAGUUUCCAUUCGGUCUACCCGACACGCCAGCUCCACUGCAUCGCCCGAAAAGGCCUUUCAAGAGCGCGUGCAAGAGAUCCGCAAUGCCUGUGUCGAACCCUACCCCCGGCUGGCGGUAGACUCGCGUACGCUCAGUUGCGCCGAGUUCCGCACUCGCUAUGCUCAUUUGAAGGAUAACGAAUCAGUAGAGGAAGACUCGGUGGUGGUCUCUGGUAGGAUUCGUACUGCUAGACUUGCCGGGAGCAAAUUGAUCUUUUUCGAUAUCGUGCAAGAUGGUCACAAAGUCCAAGUCAUGUGCAAUAAGCGACAACUCGGGGGGGUCGAAGGUCCCGAGUUUAAGAAGUUUUAUCGCCUUUUGCGUCGCGGUGAUGCAUUCUCCGUAACUGGACGACCACACCGUACGGGUCGUGGUGAACUCACCAUCGAUGCUACAGAGUUGCCCACGCUGCUCUCCCCGUGUCUCCACGAUGUCCCCGUUCACGAUAGCUCGCAUCAGACCUCGCCCUAUCCUCGCCAUGUACAAUUCCUGGCCGAUCCCGCGACGGCGGAUAUCCUGCGAGCUCGAGCUUCUCUGAUUCAGUAUCUGCGCCAGUUCUUCGUGGAUCGGUCGUUCAUGGAGGUCAACACCCCCAUCAUCGGCUCCAUAGCCGGAGGUGCCAUCGCUCGUCCGUUUAAUACGUCGGCCACUGAGUUCCCCGAUCGCCAAUUGUCGCUGCGCAUUGCACCGGAGUUAUGGCUCAAGCGGCUGGUAGUGGGUGGAUUUGACAAGGUCUUUGAGAUUGGACCGUCUUUCCGGAAUGAAGGCAUCGACAAAACACACAACCCCGAGUUCACCACCUGCGAAUUCUACCACGCCUACGCCAAUCUCGAAGAUCUAAUGCACAUCACCGAAACCCUCCUCUCCGGCAUGGCGACUCACAUCAAGACCUUCAACAAAGAAGGCACCCUCACCCCAACCACCGCCACCUUCACCACCCCCUUCCGCCGCAUCGACUUCAUCACAGGCAUCGAAGCCCAAAUCAACCGCUCCCUCCCCGAUCUCUCCUCCCCAGACGCUUUAACAAACAUGCACACACUCUUCCACGACCUCUCCCUCCCCUUACCAACCAACGCAACCCUCCCCCGUCUCCUAGACGAACUAUGCGCUACAUACCUCGAGCCCACCUGCACCGAUCCAACCUUCAUCAUCAACCCACCCGAAUGUCUCUCCCCACUCUCCAAAUCCUUCAUCCACCCAACAACGAAGCAAGUCGUCGCCGCCCGCGGUGAACUCUUCAUCGAAGGGAAGGAAGUCGUUAAUACCUACGAAGAGGAGAACUCGCCCUUUGAACAGCGGCGCAAGUUCGAGGACCAGGUGCGGUUUAGUAAAGGUGGUGAUGAGGCUGCCGAGGUGGAUGAGAGUUAUUUGGAGGCGUUGGAGUGGGGACUUCCUGCGACGGGGGGUUGGGGGUGUGGUGUUGAUCGAUUGGUGAUGUUGUUUACGGGGGCGAAGAGGAUUGGGGAUGUUUUGCCGUUUGGGACUUUGAGGGCUGUGACGAGGAGAGUUGGUAGUGGCACUGGUGGUACUGGUGGGACUGAGUAG